AUCAAUAUUUUUAGUGUUUGACAGAGAUUUAGAGAAGAUGUAAACGCAGACUGCGAGUUUAGACUAAUAAAUUAGAAUUUUGUUUCUUUCUUGUUUUUUUUUGUUUUUUAUCGUUUCUGCCCCGCUCUGUGUGGCAGCACCCACUCUCACUGUGGACGUGGUCAGUUGGCGUGUCCCGACUUGGAGUGACGGAUCAGCAGACCUAUGAUUCCCCCCGAAACGUUUGCUCUUUUUUUUUUUUGCACUGGCCCAUUUUCUGACAAACUGUAACGUUAACUUUUUUUCCUACAUUGUGACCUGUUUACACCUCCGACAGUAGAAGUGCAGACGACAGACGGGUUUCAACAUGUCUGUGGCGGGUUUGAAGAAGCAGUUUUAUAAAGCCAGUCAGAUGGUAAGUGAGAAAGUUGGUGGCGCAGAAGGAACCAAACUAGAUGAUGACUUCAGAGACCUGGAACGGAAAGUUGAUGUGACCAGUAAAGCAGUAGUGGAGGUGAUCUCCAAAACAUCGGAGUACCUUCAGCCCAACCCAGCGUCACGGGCCAAACUGUCCAUGUUGAACACCAUGUCAAAGAUUCGUGGUCAGGUGAAGAACCCAGGUUAUCCUCAGGCUGAAGGCCUGCUAGGAGAGUGCAUGGCCAAGUAUGGAAGGGAACUUGGAGAAGACACUAACUUUGGCGCUGCUCUAGUGGAUGUAGGAGAGGCCAUGAAGCGGUUAGCAGAAGUGAAGGACUCUCUAGACAUCGACGUAAAACAGAACUUUAUUGAUCCAUUACAAAGUCUGAGUGACAAGGACCUCAGAGAGAUUCAGCACCAUCUGAAGAAGCUCGAAGGCCGUCGGCUGGAUUACGACUACAAGAAGAAGCGUCAGGGCAAGAUUCCAGAUGAGGAAGUUCGACAGGCCCUGGAGAAGUUUCAUGAGUCAAAGGAAGUGGCUGAGACCAGCAUGUACAACCUGCUGGAGACUGAUAUAGAGCAGGUGAGCCAGCUUUCAUCUCUCGUUGAGUCUCAACUUCAGUACCACAAACAAGCCGUCCAAGUGCUGGAGGAGCUCUCCGAUAAACUGCAAGAAAGGAUGACUGAAGCUCAGUCUCGGCCAAGACGAGAGUACACACCGAAACCCAAACCUAUCUUUGACUUCGGCGAGAACAACCACUCCAACGGAGGUUAUACAUCUUCAGUGGCGCCUCCUCCCUCCCGCAACUCAGCCCCAGAGCAGCCGAGCUGUAAGGCCCUGUACGACUUUGAUCCAGAGAACGAGGGAGAGCUGGGCUUCCACGAAGGCGACAUCAUCAUCCUGACCAAUCAAAUCGAUGAAAACUGGUAUGAGGGCAUGCUAAAUGGCCAGUCGGGAUUCUUCCCUCUCAACUACGUGGAGGUCCUCGUUCCGUUGCCACACUAAAACAACGAAAGCGCUAAGAGAAGUCGAGACGUGUAAACAGUGUGGUGAAGAAGACCAGUGAAGACAUGAGACAGUCUACAAGGGUUUCAUUUUCACUUUGAGCUUCAUCGCCAUCACCAGGAGUGAGCACUUUUUUGUAAACACAAGAUCUGGAUGUGAUAUCAAAGCAGAACACCAACUUUUUCCACAGAAAAGUAAAAAGCAGCCAGACUAGGACUGAGACAAACCAUUUUUAUCGUGCAUCUGACAGUAAGCAAGAAUUUCCUGGGGACUAACUGUUGACAAAUAGAUUAGCAAUACAUUUUUCAUCACAAUUAGGUGACAGAAAUGAUUUUGAGUUCCCUUAUUACCAUAAGUGGAUUCACAGAUCCUUGUCGUUGUUUUUGUGUAACUGCAGUCUCUGUGACACAGGAAGGUGAUCAACCUUCAACCUAGAGUAGCUUUGUAGCUCAAACCUCACAGUGACUCUCAUGAGAACUUGACUGAAUAGUAUCAUUGCAAAACAGAAAAUAUUUGUGAUUCCAUCAGAGUACUGCAGUGCAAACCUUGACGCCACCUUCUGGCCUGGCAGAGAAUUACUUGCACCUCCACUAAAUUGAUAUUACCCAUGAACAGAUAUUGUUGCAGUAGCUGUGUUACAAAAAGAAGCUUAUUGGCAAAUAAUCACAUUUGGACUGUUUUAAAAUUUUGGCCUAAUUUAAUUUUUUUAUUUUUUAUUUUUUGUUGUUCGUUUCAAGUGGCUGUUCAGCAGCUGACAUAUUUAACAGUAGUUACCUUUACUUUCAGUGUUUCCGUUGCGAUGCCUUCACCAUUUUCAGGAAUCUGAAAUGUAACUGCACCUUGGGCUUCAGAUGAGAUUAACAUAUUACAGACAUUCUCUAUCAUUAUACACAGACCCAAAGGUAAAUGCAGAGGUUGCACCUUUUUGUCAGUUUGUUUAAAUAAGGAGGCAGAGCCAAAAAAGUCUGUAAAAAUGCAAUAGAAACAUUAAUUUUAGUGUAAAUGGUUGUUCCGCCAAUAAUCCUAUAACACAGGCAUGUAUUUGUGUAGUUUUUGACCUUAUCGAAGCAUGUUAAUCUUUUUUUUUUUCCUUUUUAAGGCCUUUUUGAGCCCUGUACUUGGCACCACGUAACAUAAUGCAGUGCCUGAAUAGAUGACGCUGCUGGCAGCGAGCUAGUCUUUUAUAUUCACCACUAACUGUCCUGCUCUUGCUGUCUGUCCUCAUGUCUCAGAGAAUGUGAAUCCGAUCAUAGUCUGAACCUGUUAUUCUGUACGCUGGACAUGAUAGAUGUGUUAUUGUCUCUGGCUGACUGUUCGAACAGGGCUGGCUUCUUGUUCUGAACCGUCCAGAUCCGCCGGUGGAGUCUUACCCAACAUUCACAGCUCGGUGUGUGAGAAUGAGGAAUAUUUAAAAGGGAAAACAUCGAGGGAAUUGGCACGAUUUUUAAACCGCUGUUCGUUUGGAUGAAUUUAAGCCACAGAUGGUUGCCAAACGAUUUAUCUUUGAAUUGUAAAGGUUGUCUGUGGAGUUCUAAUUGUGAAUGUCAAUUCUGUGCUUUUUAAUCGUUUUCAGUGUUUUGUGUCUUAUUUCGUCCCUUUCGUCUCCUUUCAGCUGCCUGACUCUUCUGUGUCUGUGUGCGGUCCUCAUCCAAUACGUUUACAUGUCUAACCGUGCUGGUCUCAAUGUUUGUAUGUAGUUCAAGGCUAACGGACAUGAAAGGUGCUGUAAUGAUAACAUUAUUAAUCAAGAGUCCAACAUGCAUGUGAUCGUGCCUUUGGAGAGCAAAAAGGGGAACUAAGAGCAACCAAAUCUUACCCGUUUACUCAGACAUUGUAAUGAGUUGUAUUGCUUUUUUUUCUACCCAUUGGCACUUUUAUGUGUGCACGUUUCUGCACACUGAUGACACUACAGGCAAUUUCCUGGACAUGUUCAGACUGAUCAAAUAUUUCAUCAGUAGAUCCAUGGAAACUGUUUUCUAUCUUUUUUAAUAUAUUCAAAUCUUUGUUUUCUUUUUUAAGUCACACUUAAUUUCUUAAAGGGCUAUGUAAUUGUUUAACCAGUCUUACAUUCUCCUUAAGCUGCAAUAAAUGAAUCUCUAUAGUGUUAUUUUUUAUAUAAGAGACCUUAAAACAUUUCAAAUAAUCAUUGCAUGUAGACCUAUAUUACACCUUGUAUGUACCCUAGAUUUAAUUUACGUUUUGUUUACGCAUACAGAUUUUACCAGCAAUAUUUUUUUUUUAUCACCACAAUAUUUGUAUGUGCUUCCUUCUUAUUUCCUGUUUACCAACUUCUUACAGAAAAUAAAAGACAAAAAAAGUAAA